UUUCCUUUCUGCUGUCAUCAAUGCCAUAACAGGUUGGCUUGCCCUUCUUUAUGGUUGAGCUUUGCACUGAAAUUACUCCUUUGCUAUCUCAAUGAGUUGAGAUUGUUGGUUUGCUCAAUACAGGGAAUGAUUUGGAUGUGAUGCAGUGUGUUAGGGUCAUGUAGAAUGUCUGGAUGCUUUUAUGCUUCCUACUUUUAGAGGGUGAGCUUCAUUCAUUUGGUUUUUGACUGUUCUGUCCUCUUAGAUCUUUCUGUUUACAUGUGGUUGCUUUUACGUAGGUCUAACUGUGACUAGUUUGUUUUUUUUUUUUUUAUUCUGGAGUUUCUUUUUCAAUUGUUGAUAGCUAUCACAGAGCUUAGCAAACAGCUGAUGUUGUUUCUGUUUCAGGAAACAGCACAAAACGUGUACUGGAGCAAUAUGUAAAUGCAGGAAGCAAGCUGUUGCCAAUAGAACUCUGGUUUACUUGGCCAGUUGAAUUCACAGUGUUGAAUUGGGAUAUCUGGGGGCACUUAUUCCAUCCUAUUGACUUGGGCAUGGAAACAGCCUAUGGGGAUCUCUGUGUGAAAGCUUGUGGAAGCCAAUUAACAAUUACAGAGAAGGAGGAACAGAAACAUCCUCCUGUGAUUUAUUUGUCCCUAAGUCUGGGCAGAGCCGAACUUCCCAACUCCUGUGAAGAGCUGGGCAAGGAUGGAUGGGACAUAAAUCAAAGCAGAAGUCCUGGAGCCUUAGUCACCAGUCUGAUGGGCUUUCAGUUCACACUUUACCCCCUGAAACUUGAAUUGUUUCUGUACUGUUGACAAAGGAAAAAAUGGCCUCUACUCUAGGCCCACCACCGCCGUACUACGAGAACAGGGGCUUCCAGCCAGAGCCCAUCUACGCUGCCAGGCAGGCAGCAGGUGCUAGUCCUUACCCACAGCUCUUCUCUCCAAGCGCUCCCUCCGUGCCAAGCUACGUCCCAAGGGUUGCCACCCACCAGUCCAGCAGGCCGGUAGCACACCCACCCAGGAGAAGCUGUGCAGCCAGUCUAAGGAAAACCAUAAUCAUAUUAUUAUCUAUAUUAAUAGUCAUUUGUUGUGCAAUUGCUGCUUUCUUCAUCUGGUAUUUUGUAGAGAAUCACUGUCUCAGCUCCCUGAUCGAGUGUGGCUCCUCAGGGGUGUGCAUGUCCCCCUCCCAGUGGUGUGAUGGAGUGAGCGACUGCCCCAACGGGGAGGACGAGAUGCGCUGUGUUAGACUUUUUGGACCAAAUUUUAUCCUGGAAGUUUAUUCACCUGUCAGCAAAUCCUGGUAUCCUGUUUGCCAAGAUGGCUGGAAUGAUGAUUAUGGGAAGAUUGCAUGCAAAGACAUGGGCUACAGCGUGGAUACGUAUUUCCACAGUCAAGGGGUAGUGCCUGAAGUCAGCUUUAAGAGCUACAUGAAGCUGAACACAAGUGCUGGGAAUAUAGACUUGUACAAAAAGCUGUACAGCAGUGGUUCCUGUGCCUCAGGAAAAGUGGUUUCUCUGCGCUGCAUAGAGUGUGGCCUGUCCAGCAAGAGUGUGAGCAUCAUGAACAGGAUCGUGGGUGGCAGCGGGGCCGUGCUGGGGCAGUGGCCGUGGCAGGUCAGCCUGCACGUGCAGGGCACCCACGUCUGCGGGGGCUCCAUCAUCACCCGCCACUGGAUUGUCACAGCAGCACACUGUGUGGAAGGGCGAUUUUCUGACCCACAGAGCUGGAGGGUUUAUGCUGGCAUUCUGAAUCAGGAUGAGAUGCUCUUUAGAAGUGGAUACAGAGUGCAACAGAUAAUUUCUCAUCCAGAUUAUGACACAGACUCUAAAGACAACGAUGUUGCCCUUAUGAAGCUGGAGACACCACUGAGUUUUACUGAAACUGUGAGGCCAGUUUGUCUGCCCAAUCCAGGAAUGAUGUUCCAGCCUAACCAGCAGUGCUGGAUAUCAGGAUGGGGAGCAGAGUACCAAGGAGGUAAAACAUCAAAUAACUUGAAUUUCGUUGCGGUGCCCUUAAUAGAACGUUCAAGGUGUAAUUCUGUUUAUAUCUACAAUGGCAUGAUUCUGCCUACAAUGAUCUGUGCUGGAGACCUAGCAGGGGGAAUUGAUUCCUGUCAGGGUGACAGUGGAGGUCCUCUGGUGACCCACCACCACUCGGUGUGGUGGCUGGUUGGAGAUACCAGCUGGGGCACUGGCUGUGCCACUCCCAACAAACCUGGAGUCUACGGGAACAUGACUGUGUUUACAGACUGGAUUUAUAAAAAUAUGCAGGCAAACAGAUGACAACACUCUCCUUGCCCAUCGAUGUUCCUGAGGACAAGAAUUAAUGAAGCCAUGGGAGCCUGGGAUAUUUAUUCACUCUGUGGUUGAUUUCAUCUCUCCUCUUUGAUUUUUCUUUUUAAAAGUAACAUGAAGGAUUGCACACUUGGUUCUGUGCUGGCUACAGUGACGGAUCUUAAUCAGUGAAGGAUUAUCACAGUGAGCACCUUUCCUCUCCUUGUGGUGCCUGGCAGAGUCAUUCUGUGAACUGCUUCCUGAAAUUUCUCUCUUUUGUUGAGUAACUUUUGCUUGAUGAUCAGGCUUAUAAUGACAAUUUAAAUCACGAUUUAAUUUCAGAUUUUCCUAGCAGGAUGCUGAGACAGUUGGUUUAGUAGUUUUUAAAUUAAAUGUUAAGCAAUGUGAAUGUUGAAUCUCC